GGAGCCGGCCCCGUGAGCGCAGGAGUAAACACCGGCGGAGUGUGGGAGCCGCUGCAGAAGGGAAUAAAGAGACAUGCAGGGAUUUGUGAGGUUACGGCGCCCCAGCUGCAAGAUGCACUAGCCGGCUGAAGCCGGGGCGGGUUGACUUGUUGGAACCGUAGUGCUCUGCACGGGAGUGUGGAUGAGUUGAAGUUGCUUUCCCCGGGCUCGUUCUCCACGCCGCCGAGAGGAAUCCGAGCGGCGAGGCAGGCACUUCGUCUUGCCAUUGAUUGGGUAUCGGGAGCUUUUUCUUCACCGCUCUCUUUCUUUUCCUCCGUCUUGUUGCAUGCAAGAAAAUUACAGUCCGCUGCUCGCCCGCCCUGGGUGCGAGACCUUCUGCCCGGCUCUCUCCCGUGCAUUGUGCAGCCCAAAGAUGAAAGACCGAAGGGGAGAAAGUUAAAGAAAUCGCCCACAUGCGCUGGAUCAGUCCACGGCUUGGGGAAAGGCAUCCAGAGAAGGUGGGAGCGGAGAGUUUGAAGUCUUUACAGGCGGGAAGAUGGCGGACUGGAGCUGAAAGUGUUGAUUGGGAAACUUGGGUGAUUCUUGUGUUUAUUUACAAUCCUCUUGACCCAGGCAGGACACAUGCAGGCCAAAAAACGCUAUUUCAUCCUGCUCUCAGCUGGCUCUUGUCUCGCCCUUUUGUUUUAUUUUGGAGGCGUGCAGUUUAGGGCAUCGAGGAGCCACAGCCGGAGAGAAGAGCACAGUGGUCGGAAUGGCUUGCACCAGCCCAGUCCGGAUCAUUUCUGGCCCCGCUUCCCGGACGCUCUGCGCCCCUUCUUUCCUUGGGAUCAAUUGGAAAACGAGGAUUCCAGCGUGCACAUUUCCCCCCGGCAGAAGCGAGACGCCAACUCGAGCAUCUACAAAGGCAAGAAGUGCCGCAUGGAGUCCUGCUUCGAUUUCACCCUUUGCAAGAAAAACGGCUUCAAAGUCUACGUCUACCCGCAGCAGAAAGGGGAGAAAAUCGCCGAAAGUUACCAAAACAUUCUAGCGGCCAUCGAGGGCUCCAGGUUCUACACCUCGGACCCCAGCCAGGCGUGCCUCUUUGUCCUGAGUCUGGAUACUUUAGACAGAGACCAGUUAUCACCUCAGUAUGUGCACAAUUUGAGAUCCAAAGUGCAGAGUCUCCACUUGUGGAACAAUGGUAGGAAUCAUUUAAUUUUUAAUUUAUAUUCUGGCACUUGGCCUGACUACACCGAGGACGUGGGGUUUGACAUCGGCCAGGCGAUGCUGGCCAAAGCCAGCAUCAGUACUGAAAACUUCCGACCCAACUUUGAUGUUUCUAUUCCCCUCUUUUCUAAGGAUCAUCCCAGGACAGGAGGGGAGAGGGGUUUUUUGAAAUUUAACACCAUCCCUCCUCUCAGGAAGUACAUGCUGGUCUUCAAGGGGAAGAGGUACCUGACAGGGAUAGGGUCAGACACCAGGAAUGCCUUAUAUCACGUCCAUAACGGGGAGGACGUCUUGCUCCUCACCACUUGCAAACACGGCAAAGACUGGCAGAAGCACAAGGACUCUCGCUGUGACAGAGACAACACCGAGUACGAGAAAUAUGAUUAUCGGGAAAUGCUGCACAAUGCCACUUUCUGUCUGGUUCCUCGUGGUCGCAGGCUUGGGUCCUUCAGAUUCCUGGAGGCUUUGCAGGCCGCCUGUGUCCCUGUAAUGCUCAGCAAUGGAUGGGAGUUGCCAUUCUCCGAAGUGAUUAAUUGGAACCAAGCUGCCGUCAUCGGCGAUGAGAGAUUGUUAUUACAGAUUCCUUCUACAAUCAGGUCUAUUCAUCAGGAUAAAAUCCUAGCACUUAGACAGCAGACACAGUUCUUGUGGGAGGCUUAUUUUUCUUCAGUUGAGAAGAUUGUAUUAACUACACUAGAGAUUAUUCAGGACAGAAUAUUCAAGCACAUAUCACGAAACAGUUUAAUAUGGAACAAACAUCCUGGAGGAUUGUUCGUGCUACCACAGUAUUCCUCUUACCUGGGAGAUUUCCCUUACUACUAUGCUAAUUUAGGUUUAAAGCCCCCCUCCAAAUUCACUGCAAUCAUCCAUGCUGUGACCCCCCUGAUCUCUCAGUCCCAGCCAGUGUUAAAGCUUCUUGUGGCUGCAGCCAAGUCCCAGUACUGUGCCCAGAUCAUCGUUCUGUGGAAUUGUGACAAGCCCCUACCAGCCAAACACCGCUGGCCCGCCACUGCUGUGCCUGUCAUCGUCAUUGAAGGAGAAAGUAAGGUUAUGAGCAGCCGGUUUCUGCCCUAUGACAACAUCAUCACAGAUGCUGUGCUCAGCCUUGAUGAGGACACUGUGCUUUCAACGACUGAGGUGGAUUUUGCCUUCACCGUAUGGCAGAGCUUCCCCGAGAGGAUUGUGGGGUACCCAGCACGCAGCCAUUUCUGGGAUAACUCUAAGGAGCGGUGGGGAUACACAUCCAAAUGGACAAACGACUACUCCAUGGUGUUGACAGGAGCUGCUAUCUACCACAAAUAUUAUCACUACCUGUACUCCCAUUACCUGCCAGCCAGCCUAAAGAACAUGGUAGACCAGUUGGCCAAUUGUGAGGACAUUCUCAUGAAUUUCCUGGUGUCCGCUGUGACAAAAUUGCCUCCAAUCAAAGUGACCCAGAAGAAGCAGUAUAAGGAGACAAUGAUGGGACAGACAUCCCGAGCUUCCCGCUGGGCUGACCCUGACCACUUUGCCCAGCGCCAGAGCUGCAUGAACACGUUUGCCAGCUGGUUUGGCUACAUGCCGCUGAUCCACUCUCAGAUGAGGCUAGACCCGGUCCUCUUUAAAGACCAGGUCUCAAUUCUGAGGAAGAAAUACAGAGACAUUGAACGGCUUUGAGGAAGCCCACUGAGUAGGAGAAGGGAAGAAUAUGGGACCGGAGUCCAGCUGCUCUCUCUUCCCAGUGCAGAUCCGCUCGUCGAUGGAGCCAGACUGUGCCAAGUAUCAAAAACAAAAACAAAAAAGCAAAACAAAAACUUAGCUGAACACAAUGACAACAAGUUACAAAGGCCAAUGAGAACUCAGCUGGAAUCCUGGCUCCUGGGACUGCACCAGACGGCUCCAUUCGCCUCACUGGCUUCUGUGUCCCACGACUAGGUUGUGUACAGUUUAAUUAUGGAACAUUAAAUAAUUAUUUUUGAAAUGAUUGCUAUGCAGGUUUAAACUUUUUUAAUGAUCAAAACUAUUAAAAACCAGAGUUCUUUCUUUAAUCAAAAUUGUGUUGGGUGUGAAUAUUUCCAAGCUGCUACUCCCUUCGCUACAGACACCAUGGCCAUGAGUCACCCAGCAUUUCCUGCGGUGACAGACACAGAUCACAUGGGAAGCACAAAUCGGUUAUUUGACGUAGUGUCAACAAAGAACUGGGCAUACACUAAGACAGGUUCAUAUUCGAAUUUUACCAGUGCAGAUUGUUUUCCAGUUUAGGUGUUCAGAUCCCCUCAGUCUCUAAAAUGUUGCUGCAUGAGAGAAAGUAUUGACUCCAGGUAGGCAGUUCUAACCAAACACUUUAUGUCUGCGAUACUAUAAGUAUGAUAAUCUUUUUACAUGGGAGUGGGUGGGGGGAUUAGUACCAAGCAAACACUAGUAGAUUUAAGGAAUGUUGCACAAGGCACCAACAGCCCACCAGCAUGUGUGUUAUGGAAAUAGUGAUCCCACAGCUGAAACCCAAUCCUUCCAGUGGUUGGCCUGUAUGCUCAACCACUGAUCCAUCUAGCCAUGAUCUGGGAAAACCCUAUGCUUUAGAGGCCAAGGAAAAAAACGAGUUCAGAUUAUUUAUAAGACGAGCGAUUUAAUGUUUGUGAAAAAAAUUCAAGUUGCAAAAGCUCUGUUGAGAAAAAAAAGAGAUUCUGUGUAAAUAUACACUGUUUAAAAAGAGGAUGCCUGGGAAGUUACUGAGGAUGUCCCUUGCCAUGGAACUCUCAGCCCAGUUUCGGUAAGCAUUGUUUUAAGCAAAUACUUGGCAAUCAAAUUAACCAGAAACAAAUGUGUAGACUUCUUUCAGUUUUGAAACAUGGAGAGAAAUCUAGUUGUGCUUCUUGUUAAAAACAAUAUUUUUACUCCCACAAAUACUGUCUUAAGUUUAUGAUUGUGAAGCAUUAAGACUACAGGCACAUACAACUCCACGAAGCACAUCCCGGUGAACCAUGGAGGCUUGUGGUAUUAAAUAUCUAUUUCUCCUUGAAAGAGCCAAGAGAGGAUGAGUUAUAGAAAGAUUAUUAGGGACUGCAGAAUAAUCUACAGCCACUUUAGUGUCUUUUUCCUCCAUGAACUCUCCUACUUUUCAUAUAUUCAUUUCCGAUUUUGUCUUAGAAAAGUUCAUCAGAACUAUGCACUGGCCGAGGUCAGUACAAAUCAAAUAACUCCAGUGGCCUCCAAUCCAUCCUUUCUUUGUAGACGUCUAGAAGAGAAAGGAACCAUCCUAAUAUCUUGGAGGGGGUUCUGUAAACAAGAAUGAGUGUAGGAGUUUGCUGAAGUCCUGAGAAAUGACUCCAUUGCCUGCCCAACAGCAGAGUAGGAAUCAGAGCCCACACAUGCCAUGUUGUGAAGAGGUGCAUGGGCUAUGAAGUCCACUCAAAGAGGGGGUUUGUCUGCAGCUUUGUGACCCACAAAUACCACUCUGCAUUUCUCUCUCAUCCAGUGUAACCCAUCCUUAGCCUGCUUUCAAACAUGGGGCAUUCCUUAAAUAGAUGUGACAUAUCUUUAAGUCUUUCUCCAAAUAUGAUUCUGAGGUUCACAGUACUUAUAUUUGUGUCUGUCAGUAAAAUGCUCCCAAAGGUUUUCAUAUGAACUGCAAUUCUCAGUAUGUUAAAGGGUGAACAAUGAAUCUAUUUGCUUAUUUGUAUUUAAAGGGUGGAAUUUUUUAGAAUGGUAUUACUCAUAUCUUUCUCCUUUCCAAACAUGAAUGUAACAUUUUUUUUUUUAAACCACCACAAGCUAACUUAAAACUUGCCAAGCAGUGUCCCUAAUCGUACCAGUCACGUCCACGAGUGGAUUCGGGGGACUGCCUUUCUAGGUUUACCUGUCACAGAGCUCACAGGGCACAGAGUCCCCACAAGCAACAUGUGCAGUAAUUACAAAUGAGAACAGGAACUGACACACUUUUCAUCUCCUUUAAAUCUCCACAGUUGCAUUUGAUGUCAUUCUCUUGAGUAAUUCUCUCUGGGAUGCCAGCUAGCAUGUUCUUUUCUCAUUUGGAAUAUACAGCUGGGAAUUGAACAAUGCUAAGCAAAUCAGUGAGGCCCAACAGCAAGAUGUAAUUUUAAUUCUCUUAGGGAAGAGUUGUAGAUUGCAUUGCAGCAAGUUGACAAAUCACAGCCAUUGCUGUAGAAUGUCAGACGUUAUCUCUCAGCUGGUUUGAAUGAUAAUCAGGGGUCUCGAAGUGGGCCAACAUGUGUGGAGUUGGUAAGAUGCCAAGGGCAGAGAGUAUAAUACAAACCAUCUAAUGAAUUGCAUGAAGAAACUCCAGUGAGGACUCAGCCACUUAUGAUUUUCACACAUUUUCUCCAGCUCUACAUUAUCACAUGUGUUCUUCAAAGUGUUUUAAAAAGCUGGAUAUGUAUUUAUAUGAAAAGAUUUAUAUAGCCAUCAAGGUUUACAUGUACAUUAUAUGUUAAACAUAAUCAAUCACUUUUGUUGACAGUGACAAAAAUGACCCAAACUUGAGACUAUAGAGAAAAAUCCAUGCAAUAAUCCUUGUAGUCUUGUCAGAAAACAUAGCAUAGUGAAGUGGGUAUACCAAGGCAUAUCAGCACAUGUUUCAGAGAUGAUGCCUCAGAAGAAAGGAAAAUCUCAUACCUGGAAUCUAAUGUGCAUUACAGUUUAACUUCUUGUUCUAAAUGGUGCUCAAAGAAGGAUCAAUCCCAGUGGAGUCCUUCAAUUUCCCUUUUGAAAAUGAUUUUUGCUUUUCAUUACAGUAGGCUAUGUUAGCCUUUAUUUUGGUGGUUCUCAAAUUCCUGGUGACUUGAAGGAAUAUUAUGCUAGUGGCCUUUCAUAAAGGUUGCUGAACUUUAAUUUAAUCAGGGGUGAGAUGAUUGAUGUGAGUAAACCUAUGGGCUAUAAAAAAAAGUGCUUGAUUUAACAACUAAUUAAAGUUUAGUCAAACUCGUUGAAAGAUGGAGAGGAGGCAGAAAGCCUCAUCAGGGUAGAAGCUGAAUGAGACUCAUGCUGAAUAAGAUAAGUUAUGAAUGUAAGGGCUGGAACAAGCUUCCUCCACCUGGAAAUGUCUUACUUUCCUAGGGGUCUCUAAAAGCUCCAAUUUUAAGGCUAUCAGCUCUUGCCAGGAACUCUCAGAUAAAAAUGUUCCUGCCUUCUGCAUAUAACCAGUACAUCAGAGCUACAGUUGACAGGUUAAUUCAUUUACCUACUUUCCAUUUAUGACAACUAUGAACAAGGGCCUUUAAAAUACUUCUGCCAUUGAUGACUAGAUGUGACCAAGAAAGCUCUUUUGUUGCCACCUCCAUUUUUUUUCCCCAAGCUUGAUGGGAACAAAGUUAGUUUGGGUUAAAUUCUCAGUGAAUAAACACGAAUAUUGAACUGCAUUCAAUUCAUCUCGCUUAGUAUGUGAAAUUCAUCAUGUGGAGAUGAAGUUAUUCCUAGACUCCAAGUUUCUAGUUUUAAAAGGGGUGAGGUGGGACAGAGCAUCCUAAGAAGGUUUUUUACCCCAUCAAUUUAGUAACAAUAUCCAGAAGCUCUGAAUAGAAAACCUGUUGAUUUUGAUAGUGAAGGUGAUUUCUGGCAAGAAGCCAUCUCUCCUCUUCACUCUCCCAAAAGCAAAGGAUGCUGUUUCUUUUUACUUAGCUGGAAUUAUAGUUGUCAGUAUCCUAAAGUACCAAUAUUUUCUAUACCAAGAGCAUGGAUGAGAUACCCCAAAUGGGCCUUCUGCUCCCUAACCCCCACAAAAAUAGGUGGGAAAGCAUCCAGGAGCAAGCUGAACCCUUGGAAAGGCAGUCUCACCCUUGUUUAAAAUCGAGUCAAGCUACCCUUUUAGUCACACUAUUUUUGUAAUGAUUUGCCUUUCAGGUCUCAAAGGUCAUUUGAUUUCUGCAAUUGCAUUCUGUUCUACAGGAAUACAUUUCUCUCAUUUUAGUUGUAAUUAUUACUAAAAUUGGGGCCAUGCAAAUGACCUGAUUACCAUGUAAUGAACUUGUAUAUUUAUGCUGAGAAAAAAAAAUGUAUAGGAUAAGUUGAGGGUUAGGGAAAAAAAAAAAGACAUGGAAAACUGGAAAUAUUUUAGGUGACAAAUUGUAACAAAAAAAAGUAAACCUUAUUUUGUAUACAAUGUACAUUUGGGACAGUUUUCUAAUAUGUUGCCAAUGUUUUUGUAGUGUCAACACAGGUCUUUUCUGGAGUGUUUUCCCCAUUUGUUACAGAGUACUAAUGAUUUAGUGCAACUGAGUCCUAAUGUGUGUGAGAGAGUGCAAGAAAUUUCAAAGCCAUAGAUCUUGAUUUACUUCACUGACCUGUGUAACUUUCUGUCUGGGUUUCGCCAUUCAAGAUAGAUUGUUUUAUAGAGUGUCACCAAAGACUUUUUCCUUCAGAUUUAUAGAAGAAAAAAAAAGAAAUUAUUAAUAAAUGACAUGACUUUUCA